AUGACGCUCCUCGACGAAACCAUGGGCAUGCUCUUCAUUGGGGUCCUCAUCGCCGGGAUUCUCUACGGAGUCUCGUGCACGCAAGUGUACUUCUACUUCUCACGCUAUUCCCGCGACCCGAUGUACAUGAAGUUGCUCGUACUCGGGGUCUGGGUAUCGGACACGAUUCACCAAGCCCUCAUUUCCCACUCGUUGUACUGGUACCUGGUCACCAACUACGGCCAACCUGCGACUUUGGCCCUGCUCGCGCCCACCAUCAUCAUUGAGGUCGUUAUUCAAGCCGUCACUGGUCUCCUCGUGCAGUGCUUCUUCGCUGCGCGCGUGUACAGGCUGAGCGGGCAGAAUUGGUACUUGACUGUUCCCGUCGGCCUUCUCAUCGCCGUCGAGUUCGCCGUGUCUACAGCCUACACCGCCAGAGCUCUCAAGUUCGCGAGCUUCGCUGAGCUCACUGAGGUCAAAGCGCUUUCCAUCAGCAUCAACGCGUUUGCUGCCGCCGGAGACGUGUGCAUUGCUAUCAUCUUGUGCACCAUCCUUCAGACUUCCAAGACCGGUUUUCAGAGGUCCACGAGGCUCAUCAACAAGCUCAUGAUCUUCUCCCUUAACACUGGGCUGUUGACCAGUAUCUGCGCGUGCUUGUCGCUCAUCACCAUUUUGGCGUUGCCGGACACGUUCGUUUACAUCGUCUUCUUCUUCAUCAUCGGGCGCUUGUACUCGAACUCGUUCAUGGCGACGUUGAACGCUCGCAAGGGCCUCCAUGAUGGCUCCAGCAGCGGCGACGCAUCGUUGUCCCUCCAAAACAUGCACCCCACCGCCAACAGCGCGAACAUCAGCAGGCAGAACGGCACGCACAUCGCGAUUCAGAUUGACACUACCAAGGACUCGCAGCGCGAUCACGAACUCGAGGAGUCAGAGUCGGCGUACAAGGGGAACACCAAGCGCCACAUGGUCUGA